GCUCCGCCCCCGGGGGUGUACCAACGUGGCGUCUCCUGUCUGACCGGAAGCCGGAAAACUAACCGGAAGUGUCAUAGAAGAUUCCAUGUCGAUGGCUGCCUGUGUGUGCCGUGUGCUGUUCCUCUCUCUGCUGUUGGCGGGUGUGCUGUCCGCGGGCGAGGCUGCACCUGUCGAUCAAGAUUCUGGGAAGAAUGGGAACUUGAAGGACGAGAAUAUCGCUUUAAAACAACAAGAUGGAAACAAGGACCAGUCAGACCCUCAGGGUGACAAGGAGUCAAAGAUUGGUACAAAGAAGCCCCUGCCAGAGCAGCCAGGAGACCUUGUAGACAUGUCUGAAGCAGAGAAGUCACAAACAGGAAAAGAACAUGUGGAGGUGGGGCCUCCUAAGAAGGAGCAGUCUGUAGAUAAAGAAUCUAAGAAAGAAGAGCCGGCUGUAGAUGAGGGGUCUAAGAAGGAAGAGCAUCGUGAAGAUGGGGGGUCUAAGAAAGAAGAGCAUCGUGAAGAUGGGGGGUCUAAGAAAGAAGAGCAUCGUGAAGAUGGGGGGUCUAAGAAAGAAGAGCAUCAUGAUGAUGGGGGGUCUAAGAAAGAAGAGCAGGCUGUAGAUGGGUCUAAGAAGGAAGAGCAUCAUGAAGAUGGGGGGUCUAAGAAAGAAGAGCAGGCUGUAGAUGAGAAAUCUAAGAAAGAAGAGCAGGCUGUAGAUGAGAAAUCUAAGAAAGAAGAGCAGGCUGUAGAUGAGAAAUCUAAGAAAGAAGAGAAGGCUGUAGGUGAGGGAUCUAAGAAAGAAGAGAAGGCUGUAGAUGAGGGAUCUAAGAAAGAAGAGAAGGCUGUAGAUGAGGGAUCUAAGAAAGAAGAGAAGGCUGUAGAUGAGGGAUCUAAGAAAGAAGAGAAGGCUGUAGAUGAGGGGUCUAAGAAAGAAGAGCAUCAUGAAGAUGGGGGGUCUAAGAAAGAAGAGCAUCAUGAAGAUGAGGGGUCUAAGAAAGAAGAGCAUCAUGACGAUGGGGGGUCUAAGAAAGAAGAGCAUCAUGAUGAUGGGGGGUCUAAGAAAGAAGAGCAGGCUGUAGAUGGGUCUAAGAAGGGGGGGAUGACAAAAGUGGAAGAUGUAACACCUGGAGCAGAAGAGUCUGAGGAUGAGAAGCAGACAGGAAUGGGGAAGGAGCAGACGGGACAGGAGUCAGAAGGGCAGGAAAAUGAUCAAGAUGAGAAAGACCCACCUCAAGAUGAGGAUGAUUUUAAACCAGAUGACCCUGAAGAGGAGGAAGCAUUUGGUGAUAUUGAAAUGAAUGGGGAUAAUAACAAUGCUGUUGAAGAAGAACUAGUCCACCAGGAAAAAUUGGCACCUGGAAAUAAAGAAAACACAGUUUAUCAAGUAGAGUCAGAAAGCAGCCAUUUCUUCGCUUAUCUGGUUACCUCAGCCAUCCUUGUUGCUGUACUAUAUGUAGCCUAUCACAACAAACGCAAGAUCAUUGCUUUUGCACUUGAAGGAAGACGCUCCAAAGGUGGCAGACGACCAAAUUCGGGAGAGUACCAGAGAUUGGAACAUAAGAUUUGAUCCUUCUGCAGCCUUCAGUAUGAUCUGCCAGCUAGGACGUUGCCUGAAUUGUCACGGUUUUCACUCAACACUCCACUUACGAAUGGCAGAGAAUUUACCACCCUGUGCCACCCUAGUCAUGUAGUUUACCCACCUGUGUACUCCUAGACCUGUGUCCUUGAUAAAGGAACUUGCGUCUAUGGUAGUUCACUCUUAAGCGGUUAUUGGCACCUUAACAAAUUUCUCGUUCGGUCUGUCUUCACUCAGACGGGGAUGUUCUCCAAAUGUAGUAAAUCGUACAGUGCGAGAAAUGUUACUGCAAAAACCAUCAAAGGGGUUAUCCCAAGAUUACAGAUUUUCACCUACCCACCUAUUUGAUCAUGGGGGGGGUCUUGUUACUUGCACGUUACAAAAACAGGGGUCCUUUGACCACCCAAGUGGUAGUUGAGCCACAUGGAGAGGCAAGAGACCCCAAUUCUUGUGAUCAGAGGGAUCCCAGUGAUUGGACCCCCACUGAUCAGAUACUUAUUAACUAUCCUUUAAGUAUCUGAUAAAUUAUAUUAUUUUCUGUCCCCUUCUAUUUCCCCGUGUCCUAUCUAUAUCCAGGAAAGCUGGGCGGCAUUGGUCGCUUUCUAUUACAGCUCCCUUAUCUGUUGCGACUCCUACCAUGUUUUAUAGUUUUACAGGAUUUUGCCAGAUAUAUCGCUGUAUAACCAGGCUUUCCCAGGAGCAGAUAAGACCAAGAAAUCCCUCUAAGAUGACAACCUGUAUAUCACUGGUGACUUCUUGCACUUAGGAGCAAAUGACUGGUAGAGGGAAAUUAUUCUAAAAAAAAAGAACAAUUAUUUAUCCACUAAUAUAGUGUUUAGGAUCAGAGUUUUUUCUUUUCUUCUUUUUUUUUUUUUUUUCCUUUUUUAAAAGCAUUGACUCAGCAAUUUUCGUAAUAAUCCAAAUAUAUGUUUACAUGGUUUACAGCCACUUACUGUUUGGAAGAGGUCCCUGCACCUUAAAUGUACCUACCGUGUAGACAGGCACACUUCUAGAAGCCCCCCAUUUAAAGGGUUUUACUGUGACAAAUGGUGACAAAUCGUACUGUCUGGAUUGGAUCUGUGCUGUUUGCCAGUAGGACAGCAGUGGUCCAAACUGUGCACCUCCA